CAUUACAAAACAAAGCUACAAAAACUGUAAACUUUCCAAAACUUGAACUUUGUUCUUUCGAUUUAUUACCAUUUUUUAUUGCAAAGAACUUGGUACAAUAAAUUUAGAUUAUAGACGUAGCUACUACUUACAUAUUAUCAAACUGAUAACAUGUGUAUUGUCUAAGGGAAUUUAAUUGCACCUCUUGGUAACAUGGCAUUACGAGGAAUAAAAGUUAUAGAGAUGAUGGGCUUAGCCCCUGGACCUCUAUGUGGCACUAUUUUAGCUGAUUUUGGGGCAAAUGUUACAGUUAUUCAAAAGAUUAAUCCAUCACCCUUUGAUGUCAUGUCCAACGGGAAAAGGAUGAUCUCUGUGAACAUGAAAUCCAAAGAAGGGAUUGAAAUUGUGCAAAAAUUAUGUUUAUCUGCUGAUGUGUUGUUAGAUACAUUUAGGCCUGGUGUAAUGGAGAAACUGGGUCUUGGGCCAGAACAAAUGAUGAAAGGGAACAAGAAGUUAAUAUAUGCCAGGUUAACAGGUUAUGGACAGUCUGGCAUCUACAAAGACAAAGGAGGACAUGACAUAAACUACACUGCUAUGUCUGGCAUACUCUCCUUAUUGAGGAAAGGCAACAAUCCCCCCGUGCCGCCACUAAACUUCACUGCUGAUUUUGCUGGAGGAAGUGUAGCUUGUGCCCUUGGAAUAGUUCUUGCUCUGUACGCCAGAACUAGCACUGGAGCAGGACAAGUUGUGGAUGCCAGCAUGGCUGAAGGUGCUGCCUAUGUAGGAACAUGGCUAUUUAAAUCCAGAAACUUACCAAUAUGGGCCAGUGAACAUGGCUCCAACAUAUUGGAUGGUGGGUCACCAUUUUAUUCCACUUACAAAACUAAGGAUAACAAGUUUAUGGCAGUUGGGGCAUUAGAGCCACAAUUUUAUGAGAAUUUUUUGAAAGGACUACAAUUAUCUCAGGAUGAAUUCAGUCAAUUCAGUGAUCCAGAAUUAAUGAGAAAAAAGUUUGAAGAACUUUUUUUGACCAAAACUCAACAGGAAUGGUCUCAGAUAUUUGAUGGUUUGGAUGCAUGCGUGACUCCAGUACUUGAGUUGGACCAAUUAGCAGACAACAAGUGUACAAAAUCUAGAGGUUCUUUUUACCAGAAUGAAGAGGACUUGCCAGUCCCGGAGCCUGCCCCUCGGCUGUCAAGGACCCCGGGGGUGUCUACUGGACGCCUGCCUCUACCACAGCCAGGGGAACACACUAUACAAAUAUUACAGGAGUUGAAGUACAACAAAAAACAGAUUCAAAGCUUUAUUAACAAUGGAACUGUCUGUGCAAAAGUGAAUGCUAAUUUGUGAUUGAAAUACUACAUAGUAAAUGUUCUUUACUCACUGUA